CACGCCUCGCCCGCCAUCACACGGCGUCUGUUGUGAGCUGCAGGUGCACAUCACUGCUCUCCUUGCUCUACCCCGGCCCGCCUUGGCCCCUCGUCCACUGCGCUCAGGCGUCGGAACAUUGACCACAGAGCCCAUCCUCUGCACCCUGCACCAGCCUCGCAAUGUCAGCAAAAGCACCACCAGCACCCGUUGCCCGCGCUUCAUCAAAUCCCCGGCGCCCUUCUGACCGCCCGCAUCGCACCAACCUGGCCAGCGUCGCCCGCCGCGACUUCGAGCAGACCAACGUCGCCAGCUUGCCAGCCUCUCGUCGCAGCGACUCGAGGGACCGCGCCCACACCCACACCCACGCCCAAGCCCACGCUGCUCCUGCUCCUGCUACUACCACCACCCCCACCACCACCACUGGUGCUGCUGCUGCUGCUGCUGCUGCCACUGCCACUGCUCCCUCGCGCACCGACUCCACCAGGAGCAACCACCACCCGCGUUCUGGCCACACGCGCUAUGCGUCAGACGCGUCGACGACAGCUGCAAUGCCCAUCAACGGCGUAGCCACCGACAAUGCGCGGUCCGGGACCACCACCGCCUCGGCCACAAAGCGGCGAACAACCAUCUCGGCGCCACACACUGGGCAAUGGUCUCUAGGGAAGACCAUCGGCGCCGGCAGUAUGGGCAAGGUGAAGCUGGCCAAGAACGCGGCGACGGGUGAGCAGGUCGCUGUGAAGAUCGUGCCCCGGCAGUCGACCGAUGAGCACCGCAGCCAGGCCGACCGUGAGCGUGCCGACCACUCCAAGGAAGUCCGCACCGCCAGAGAGGCUGCCAUUGUCAGCCUGCUGAACCACCCUUACAUCUGCGGCAUGCGCGAUGUGGUCCGGACCAACUACCAUUGGUACAUGCUCUUCGAGUACGUCAACGGUGGACAGAUGCUGGACUACAUCAUAUCACAUGGGCGGCUGAAGGAGAAACAAGCGCGCAAGUUUGCCCGCCAGAUUGCGAGCGCCCUGGAUUACUGCCACCGAAACAGUAUCGUGCACCGCGACUUGAAGAUUGAGAACAUUCUCAUCAGCAAGACCGGCGACAUCAAAAUCAUCGACUUUGGGCUGAGCAAUUUGUUCUCGCCCCGGAACCAUCUCAAAACGUUCUGUGGAAGCCUCUAUUUUGCCGCCCCGGAGCUGCUGCAAGCCAAGCAGUACACUGGGCCCGAGGUUGACGUUUGGAGUUUUGGAAUAGUUCUCUAUGUCUUGGUUUGCGGUAAGGUCCCCUUUGACGACCAAAGCAUGCCACAGCUGCAUGCCAAGAUUAAGAAGGGCCAUGUCGACUAUCCACCUUGGCUGUCCGCAGAAUGUCGCAAUCUCAUCCACAGGAUGCUCCAAACGGAUCCCAACAACCGUCUGACUCUCGGCGAGAUCAUGAGCCAUCCUUGGCUGACUAAAGGAUUCAACAGCCCCCCCGAAAACUACUUGCCCCACCGCGAGGCUCUGCAACUACCACUUGACCGAGAAGUUAUCGAGAAAAUGACAGGAUUUGACUUCGGAACCCCCGAAUACAUAACCUCACAGCUGACCAACGUCAUCCAAUCCGACGAAUAUCAACGCGCAGUGCGGCUUGCUGUUCGCAAGACUCAAGUGCUGACGCCAGAGAUUGAGAGGAAGAGGGGUGUGUUUGACUUUUAUAAGAGGCGGAAUUCGAUCUCGAGCCGUGAACAGCUAUCAACCUCAUCUUCAGAAGACAUUCAACGCGGCCUCGACCCGGUGAAUGCCUUCAGCCCCCUGAUAUCGGUAUACUAUCUCGUGCGGGAGAAGAGAGACCGCGAGCGGCUUGAGGCAAAUCCGGGAGCCAUGGCCAUGCCACAGAGUCCCAGCGAGAAGCCUUUGAAGAUGCCUGAUCUUCCAGCCCCCGAAGCAGCGUACACAAAUUCUGCAACUUAUGAAAUGGCUGGUGAAAAGCCAACGGGUGGACGAUCGCGGCCAAGAGCCAGGACCCACGGCGAAGACGAGGUAACGGAAGGCUUACAAAGGCUGAAUCUCAACUCGCCUGGAAAUGUGUCACCAGCUAUAAUCACUCCACCCAUUGAACAGCCUCCUGUCAAGAAGGAGAGCACAGCCGUCGGCCUUUUACGGCGCUUUAGUACGAGGAAACACAGAAAUCCAGACCAUGAUCGGAAAGACCAUCCCCCAACCCCCUCUUUGGCCGUAUCAGGCCCCACCGACUCGACAAACGUUCCUCGCAAAAGCUUUAGUGUCCGUCGAGCACGCGAGAAAAACACUCAAUCGUCUUCGAUGCUCCACCCAAGUGGAGCCCAACAGCCUGAGCUACUUUCUCCUCCACUUAGUGGGAAUAGUGCCACGCGAAAGUUAAAAGCGCUCGGUAGGUCCACCAGUGUAAAUGGCGCAGACCUUCGACGACGAAUGAGCCGUAGAGGACGGUCCUCCGAAGAUCCCGGAAACCCUCCGCCCACAAGCGGAUCAGAUAGAUCGGACAUUAGCGGACAAAGAGUGAAAGCAGACGCGGCAUCAGAAGAUUUGCAAGCAAGCCCGCGCCGGCUUCCAGCAUCACGGGCUAAAUCUCUCGGUCAUGCCCGAAGAGAGAGUAUUCAAGCCCGUCGAGUACGAAGAGAACAGGCGAGAGAGUCAAACGUACCAGAGGAAACCGACCAGGAUGUUGCAGAAGCUAGCGCUGAAGCUAGCCGCAGCCCUGAUGCCGUGAAGCCUGUUUAUCUCAAAGGCCUCUUCAGUGUAUCAACCACAAGCAACAAACCACUGUCGUUCAUUCAAUCCGACAUUAUUCGCGUUCUGGACCAAUUCGGCAUUACUUACCACGAAAUACGAGGUGGUUUUAAAUGUCGACAUGCUCCCAGCAUCGAUCUGAACCAGGUGGUUGAUUCUCCUUCGUCCGCGAACCCUCCUCCCAGCAGUCACAGGAGGAAGAUUAGUUUCGGUGGGUUUAAGGGCGGGGAUCGUGACCGCGAGCGGGAAGAGUUCAGAGAACAGCACAGAGCUCCACAAACACCAAAAUCAGCACGCCAUCGACCCUCAGCUGGCGACCGCAGCUACACAAACACCGAUGACUCUGAGGAGAGUGAUGGAAAGGAGGACAGGCGGCCGCGCAGCAGGCCCGCUCCAGCCGGGGAGACGACGACGCAUGUGCAGAGUGACCUGGGUGGAAGCAUGAUUCUAGUGUUUGAAAUUCUCAUCGUUAAGGUUCCUCUUUUACAGUUGCAUGGCAUUCAAUUCAAGAAGGUGGAUGGUGGCACUUGGCAGUAUAAGAACAUGGCCCAAAAGAUUUUGGCAGAAUUGCGUCUUUGAGCGAGGCGUUUUGUUGGGGGUUGGGCAUAGCGAGGAUGGUAAUGCAGUGUAGGCUGGUCUGAUGCUUUGGAGGGAAAGGGAGCGGAAGGCAGGGAGAACACUUGCAUCACGAAUCUCAUUUGUAUUACAUCCAUUCAGGAAAAGGUCAGGUCACUCGCUUUGUCGUGCCUCGACGUAUUUGGUCAGCGGGAAGGGGUUUGUUUCAAGACUGAAGAUGUCUAUGGCGCGUUGGGCUAAGGAAUCUAUUGCGCUUUUGCUCUUCACAGACGGCGGCAGCAACGGGC